AUGCGCCUGCUGGACACAGAGACGGGUCGGUUCGUGGACAGAGACCCAGCACAUACCACCUAUGCCAUCUUGUCCCACACUUGGGAUACCUCGGGCGGAGAGCAGACGCACAAACAGCUGAGAAAGAUCCUGAAACGAUAUCUGUCGCCAAAGAUCCGAGACGCAUGCGCAUUCGCGCGAGCGAACGGGUUCCGUUACAUCUGGAUCGACUCAUGUUGCAUCGACAAGACCAGCAGUUCCGAGCUCUCCGAGGCUAUCAACUCGAUGUUCGUUUGGUAUGCGGAGGCGCAGGUCUGUUACGCGUUUCUCGCCGACGUCCCUGUCGGAGAAGACCAUACCGCGGCAGGAUCAUCCUUCCGCAGAAGCCGCUGGUUUACGCGCGGCUGGACGCUUCAGGAGCUUAUCGCACCCUGGGACGUAGUGUUCUUGUCUUGCGAUUGGACGGUGAUAGGGUCGAAGAACACAUUGUCCAGGCUCGUGGAGGAGAUCACUGGGAUUGAUCGCGAAGUCUUGCUACAUGAGAAGUCGCUCGACUCGGUCAGCGUCGCCGCACGCCUGUCCUGGGCGUCGAAGCGAACAACGACGAGGGCCGAGGACCAGGCGUACUCACUCCUUGGUAUCUUUGACAUCAACAUGCCUACCUUGUACGGAGAGGGCGAAAGGGCUUUUCGCCGGCUGCAGGAGGAGAUCAUGCGCCGUGUCCCGGACCAGAGCCGUUUUGCAUGGGGUCGA